ACGUAACAUAAAUUGUUAUAUGUACAUAUACGGGACCGCAUUUAUCGGUAUAAUACUGGGUAAUGGCGCUCUCUUCGCGCAGUCGUCAAACAUCUUAAAGCAACUUUUUCAGCGCGGAGGCUGCAGCUGCAAUCCCAGUCGGUUUGGGGCCAGGAAAUAAAAUUCCCACGGCGCACUUAUCGACAUUUUCUCCGACGUAGAUAUUUUUGCACUGCACACAUAUACUGCAGAGAGUUUAAGAAAACGCUGUCUCCUCUGAAAAACCAUUCACCCAUCAACAAUAUCGCACACAUAGUGGAUUGCACUCGUUGCAGCGUUUGUGUAAAUGUUCUGCAAUUAUGGCCCACGGAAUGUCGUCAUAGUAUUCCCGUGCAUGCACGAGGUUGUCUUCCACACCGGGGAAAACAGUUUUACCGGCUUAUCCCGUAUAAUCCAUUGUAUAAUGUGUCCUUUUGUGUAAGCGUUUAAAAUGAUGUUAUGCUGCUCGUUGUAUCAAUAGCGAAGAUUUACCAACCAUUCAGUUGGAUACUUUUACUGCUUGAUGUUCUUGUUUGAUACCGGCAAAUAAUGGAGAUAAUCGAAGAAAAACUCAGCGUAUCCACAUUAACGCAAACCGUAAAUCCAGCGCCAAACACCCGCAAGUCUCCGCUGUCCCCGGAGGCACCCUCUUCCAUGCGCAAACUCUCCACCAACUCCACCGACACAGGCCCGACCGUCAGCUCCACGUCUUCCUCGCGGCGUGGCUCCAUGACCACGCAAUCGGACAGUCGGCGGAGCAGUUUCACCCAGAAUCCCCCUACAUGACCAGCGACGAAACCCGAGCCCGCGACACCCUAUUAGAAUCCGAUCCCGAGCCCAUUAUGGAGCCCACGACGGCGGCGCCCAGCGCCACCGCCCACCGGGGCAGUGUCGUCACGCAGAUGAUGGGCCGUGCGACGGAAUUGAUUAGUGAAGUGGCUGAGAUUAUUGCCGGCGUCGUUCCGCCGUCACUUAGCGGGGAGCGAUUAGAUGCUAAUACUAUGACAGCCGAUACGGCUGUCGAACGGCGUGCCGAGUUUUUUAUUAAUUCCCCUUCCAUGGAGCAGUCGAUCAGCCGGGAUUUCCCGGGGAAAAGUGAUAAUGAUCUCGAAGUACGGCGCAACAGCCUAACGCCGGAGUCGCCCUACAAUGUCAGCGAUGAGACACGGUCACGCAAAGAAAAUCUCCAGGAUGAUACGGCCGGUCAGCAGGAUGCCGAUGUAAUCAACCAUGGACAUACGAUACGCAGUGGAAGUCUUAGUUAUAAUUACGAACGUCUGGAUUAGCCAUGCUGUUCCACUCGUGGAGGCCGUAGAAACACCAUGCAGACUGGAAAUAUGAAUCCAAAAAUUUUCGAGUUCUCAGUUAUCAUUAAUUCCGUUUACGUGAAUUGCCAGAAUAUUUCUGUUAUGUUAAAAGCUUCCACAUUUUACGUACGAUGCAAUAUAUAAUGAUUUUGAUUAGUGUAACUGAAUUUUCAGUGUUACCGUAAUGUAAAUUUUGAGUAUUUUGAGUUUUGUUCCCUUGCAUAUUUCUAAGGUCUGUUUUUGAUAUCUGGGACGUAUUACUUGCAGAACAACAAGUAUUAAGAAUA